AUGAAAGCAAUCACACCCGAAAGUGCCAAAAAGAAUACAGAUAAAGCCAUUUCUUCAACUAGUGAAAAUGAAAAGCAAUCAUUGACUGAUGAUUUGUCUGUGAUUGAAGCACGGGCAGAAGCAUCUGUCGGAAACAAGAAAGACUCUGACUUUGAUCAGGACGAAUCACUGCUUAAAACUGGAUCUCUAAAGUCAUCUGUUUAUAGUGCAGAUUCAAAACUAUCUGCAAGCUCUAAUGGCUCUCGUGUAUCCAAACCUAGACCACUAGAUCCACUUUCCAUGUACUUGGAAAAGAGUAAGAAAAAACGUAGUAAGCGAUAG